AUGAUUGCCCUUAAUGUAGCUUCAAGUGGCAUUGCAUCUUUAUUGCUUCUUGGAGGUAAAACUGCUCAUUCUACUUUUUGCAUACCAUUAACAAUCAAUGAUGAAUCAACCUACAACAUUAAUUUAGGAAGUCUUCGUGUUAAACUAUUGAUGGAAACAAAACUUAUAAUAUGGGAUGAAGCUCCUAUGAUGAAUAAGCUAUGCUUUCAAGCUUUUGAUAGAACAUUGAGAGACAUUAUGAGAGCUACAAAUGAACAUAAUGCUGACAAACCAUUUGGUGGAAAGGAAAGUGAAAUACCUUUACUUUCUUUAGUCAAAUUUGUUUAUGGUGGUCUAAUUGAAAAUAUCAUGACUCCUGGAUUCUUUGAUGACGGUGUUAUACUUUGCCCUACAAUUGAUAGUGUUGAACAAGUAAAUGACUUCAUUUUAUCUUUGAUUCCUGGUGAAGAACAAGUUUAUUUAAGUUCAGAUAUUCCUUGCCAAUCUGAUGAUGAUCAAGAAAUUCAAGGAAUUCCAAAUCAUAGGAUUAAAUUGAAAGUUGGCGUACCAAUUAUGCUUUUAAGAAACAUUGAUCAAGCAAAUGGUCUUUGCAAUGGUACAAGGUUGCAAGUUAAUGAUCUGGAAAAGAAUGUUAUCUCUGCCGACGAUAUUGUAGAUGUAAAUAAGGACGUGGUGGAUGGACAACUUGUCAAUGAGGUUGAGUCGAGUCCUGAGGGGGAAAGAGAGAAAGCAGCGGUUGAGGACGAGAAGAAUGAAGAAGAAGUCGUGAUGGGUGGUGAUGAGCUGACUUAG